AUACCUAUGUAAAUAAAAAACAACUGUUUUGCGCUUCAGAAGUCUCGAAUUUAUAUUUUUAUCUUUAGUUCAAAUCUUUUUAUCGCAUCGAAAUGAAUAUUUUGGGACAAGCUGUACGUAGUGCCAUACGGAUCCGACCGGCAAUAGGCGUUUCCAUUCGAUCCUGUUCAGCAGCAGUAGUGCUAAAUCCAGUAGCAGCAGUAGCCGCAACAAAUUUUUCGCGUUAUUCAACCAACUCGGCAAGGCCAUCACCGCCCGGGUCAAGCGAUGGGGGUGCAACGGGCACCAAAAAACCCAAGACGUCACCAAAAAUCACACUGGUCGGUACGGAUGAUUCCGUGACUAUCGUGAGCAUGGACGAGGCACAAAAAAUCUCCAAACGACGUGACCUCAAGCUGGUGAGAAUAAUCGACGUCGAGGUUAAAACUCAGCGACCGGUUUAUAGACUAAUGACUAGUGCGGAGUACCUCACAGAAGAUUUAAAACGUCGACAGGAGAAAAAGUUAAAUAGAGAACAAAUGACCAUCAAAGGCGACAAGCUGCUCUCAAUCAGCGCACGAAUAACGAGCCAUGAUUUGGAAUCAAAAAUUCACAAUGUUCUGAAGUGGUUGCGUAAAAGCUAUGAAGUUCGAGUCGUGAUCGCUGGAGAUGGCGACAAGUCUAAACAGGAAGCGGUUGCUGCUCGUUUUCAGGAAGCGACUAAGGAUGUUGGAAAGAUCCUUCAGCAUCGCUUCAAGGAAAACAAUUUGAGAUUUAACAUUAUGCCAGUUACAAGUACCAGUGGCAACGUUGAAAACAGCUCGGAGGUUCCCAGUAAAUCAGUGAAAAAAGAUUUACUCGACGGAAAGCAAAACGGAGGCGUUUCGGACAAACAACCGGUUAGGGCGAUUCACAAUUUUGCACGAAUGCAGGCGUGACAAUCAAAUCCCGAGCACGAGAAGCUACAGUCGGGUGAUCGUCAGAAAGUAGUGAAAACUUUGAAACCGAUUGCCUUCAUUGGUUUGUUCCUAAUGGCCAAGUAUGCGUUUUGGUCAUACGUGCUGCGAGAUAGGUCAACCGAGAGAUGACUAUUUUUUUACCUCAAAUAUUUUUAAUGCUUCUUUUGAUGAUAGUAUAGUUGGGUCGUUUAAAAGUAUGUUGUGCAUUUAAAUGGAAAUGUUAGGUUGAGCGUUUCGUCAUAUCCUAUUGAAAAUAGUUUAACCUUACGGUAAUGAUGCAUAGAGAGCCAAUAAAUGAUACGUGUAUUAGA